GUAUUGAGCUUGGGACUUUUUUUAUUAUUAAUUAUUGUAAGUGAAUGUGUAAAUUAGUCGGUGGAUUAAAUGUUAUUAGAAGGGAGUUGUUAGUGAAACUUUCUACAUUACUCAAAAACUCGCUAUUUCAUCUCGUGAUCAUAUUCACAUUCGACGGAGCCAGAUACACCCUGGAAGAUGGAGGAGAGUUCUGAUCCUUUAGAUAUGGAGAUUCCAAUAGCAUUCUUCACAGUGGAUGCGGAUGCCUCCUCUGUUUUCUCAUUGGUAUGUCUGUUGCUGUCUUCUCUCCACACAGCUUCUGUUUUUGACUUUUAGUGGUGUUUGUGGCUGGUAUACGGAGAGGGGAAAUGAUCUUGUAUUUUCGUUAGGCAAUAGUUCUGCGCUGAUACCGAGUGACAGUUCGGAAGACAGAAUUCAUGGAUUUGGAGAAACUUCAGAAGUGUUGUCUUUAUCAGUUGAUUUGGUUUCUUGUGAGGACCUUGAAGGUGUUGGGUCCUUCAAUACUACUUGUUUGCUUAAUUCAAAUGUACAUUUGAAUUCAAGUAUAUAUGCUUUUGGUAUCGGAAACCUGGAGAUACUACCUCAGGUUUUAAUUGUAUGCCCCAUAGAAGGAUGUUCCAUAAGCUUUAAUUUAUUUGGGAACGUGAAAGUGGGACCUAAUGCUGCUAUUAUUGCUGGCUCAGUUAUUAUCUCUUCCCAUAGCUUGACCAUUGGUCAUAAUUCUUCUGUAAAUACUACAUCACUUGGAGGAAAACCACCCCCACAAACUAGUGGCACCCCUUUUGGCUAUGAAGGAGCUGGGGGAGGGCAUGGAGGCCGGGGAGCUUCUUGCUUGAAUGAGCAAUUAGAUGCUUGGGGUGGAGAUGUUUACUCAUGGUCCAAUGUAUCUAAGCCUUGGAGCUAUGGGAGUAAGGGAAGUGGUCGAUCUGCCCAAAAUCCUUUUGGCGGGAAUGGUGGAGGACGUGUAAAACUAAUAGUAAAAGAUGAGUUGUACUUGAACGGGUCUGUAACUGCUGAAGGUGGUGAUGGGGGAGUGAGUGGGGGUGGAGGUUCUGGUGGGAGCAUCAACAUAACUGCUUUUAAAUUGAAAGGUCUUGGUACUAUCAGUGCUGCAGGUGGAAGAGGAUGGGGAGGAGGAGGAGGCGGAAGAAUAUCACUUCAUUGCUACAGCGUACAAGAUGUCAAAGUUACCGUGCAUGGUGGUUUAAGUAUUGGUUGUCCAGAGAAUGCUGGAGCAGCAGGAACUUAUUUUGAUGCUACUCUUCUCAGUUUAAGAGUUAGCAAUGACAAUCUCAGCACAGAAACUGAAACUCCUCUUCUGGAUUUUUCUACCACCCCAUUAUGGUCUAAAGUCUUCAUAGAAAACAGCGCAAAGGUAUUGGUCCCACUCUUGUGGACCAGAGUUCAGCUGAGAGGACAAAUAAGUGUGCUUAGUAGAAGUCGUAUCAACUUUGGGUUGAUGGAGCACCCUAUCUCAGAGUUUGAGCUUGUUGCAGAAGAAUUACUCAUGAGUGACUCCCAAAUACAGGUCUAUGGUGCUUUGCGAGUGAAUGUCAAAAUGUUACUAAUGUGGAACUCUGAGAUCCAAAUUGAUGGAGGCGAAGCUGUUGUCACAACUUCUGUCCUUGAAGUUAGAAAUCUUGCUGUUUUGAGGGAACAUUCUGUUAUAAGUUCAAACACAAAUUUGGCAUUAUAUGGCCAAGGUCUGCUGAAGUUGACUGGUGACGGUGACUGUAUCAAGAGCCAGCGGUUGUUGCUUUCGCAAUUUUAUAAUAUUACUCUUGGACGCGGUUCAUUACUUCAGGCACCAUUGGACGAUGAUGCUAGUAAAACCAUGGUAACAAAAUCUCUUUGUGAGAAUCAGACAUGCCCAAUGGACUUGAUAAAUCCACCAGAUGAUUGCCAUAUUAACAGUACCACUUCCUUCUCACUCCAAAUAUGCCGCGUUGAAGAUAUUCUCGUUGAUGGGCAUGUAAAAGGAAGUAUAAUUCACUUUCAUAGGGCGAGGACUAUUGUUGUGAGUGCUGAUGGGAUGAUUACUGCAUCAGAGCUGGGUUGUCGAAAAGGUAAUGGCAUGGGAAGAUUCUUAAAAGGGGCUGGCAGUGGUGCCGGGCAUGGAGGCAAGGGAGGUUCAGGGAUGUUCAAUGGAACAAUAAGUGAAGGUGGGAGUAGAUAUGGCAACGCUAAUCUUCCUUGUGAGCUAGGGAGUGGAUCUGAGGGUCCAAAUGAGUCGUAUGGACAUGUGGCUGGGGGUGGAAUGAUAGUGAUUGGGGCAACCCAAUGGCCAUUGUUCAGGCUUGACUUGUAUGGAUCGUUGAGAGCUGAUGGUCAAAGUCACAGUCAAAAAAUAAAAAAUAGAGAUGGGACUUUAAUUGGCGGUCUUGGUGGGGGCUCUGGUGGCACAAUUCUUCUUUUUCUGCAAAAACUUGCACUUGCUGAGAAAUCCAGCUUAUCUGCUGCCGGAGGAAAAGGAGGUCCCCUUGGUGGUGGCGGUGGUGGUGGUGGAAGAAUUCAUUUUCAUUGGUCUAACAUAAAUACUGGAGAUGAAUAUAUUCCGAUUGCCGUAGUAAAUGGCACCAUCUACAGUGGAGGAGGUGCUGGGGAUAGCUCAGGUUACUAUGGAGAAGAGGGUACAAUCACUGGGAAAGAGUGCCCUAAGGGACUUUAUGGUACAUUUUGCAGUGAAUGCCCUAUUGGAACUUUUAAGGAUGUUGAUGGCUCUGAUGAACAAUUUUGUGCUCCUUGUCCUCAAGAAUUACUUCCCCACCGAGCAGAAUUCAUCUAUGUACGAGGUGGGGUAAAUGAAGCAUCAUGUCCGUUCAAAUGUAUAUCUGACAAAUAUAGGAUGCCCCACUGCUUUACACCGCUCGAGGAGCUUAUGUAUCCAGUUGGUGGGCCUUGGACAUUUUCUCUUCUCCUCCUAGGUUGUUUUGUAAUCCUAGGUUUAUUGUUAAACUUGUUGCGAAUCAAAAUGGUUGGAUCAAGCUCUGUUUGUCAUGUUACAUACUCAUUUGAGCAGCACAAUUUUGAUUACCAGUAUCCCUAUCUUCUCUCUCUAUCAGAGGUUAAGGGACCCAACAAAGCUGAAGAUACUCAAAGUCAUGUCUACAGGAUGUACUUUGCGGGUCCAAACACCUUCAGGGAGCCCUGGCACCUUCCAUAUUCUCCUCCAGAUGAAAUUGUGGAGAUAGUGUACGAAGAUGCCUUUAAUAGAUUCAUUGAUGAGAUCAAUUCUAUUGCUGCGUAUGAUUGGUGGGAAGGCUCUGUUCACAGUAUUCUUUUAGUGCUUGCUUAUCCUUGUGCUUGGUCAUGGAAGCAAUGGCGUCGUAGGAUUAAAAUCCAGCGUCUUCAGGAAUAUGUCAAGUCUGAAUAUGAUCACUCGUGUCUACGUUCUUGCCGAGCACGUGCAUUGUACAAAGGGAUGAAGGUUGGAGGAACACCUGAUUUAAUGGUUGCAUAUAUUGAUUUCUUUCUUGGUGGUGAUGAAAAGCGUGUAGACAUGGUGUCAACCAUACAAAAGAGGUUUCCCUUGUGCAUAAUUUUUGGUGGGGAUGGCAGUUAUAUGUCUCCUCAUAGUCUACAUAGUGAUGAACUGUUGACCAAUCUGAUCGCCCAGCAUGUCCCGACUUCUGUCUGGAGUCAUUUGGUGGCUGGUUUAAAUGCUCAGUUGAGAACAGUACGGCAUGGAUUCAUGCGCUCAACACUUGCUCCUGUCAUUUGUUGGAUUAAUAGCCACGCAAAUCCCCAGUUGGAGUUUCAUGGAGUGAGGGUUGAUCUUGGUUGGUUUCAUGCCACUGCUUCUGGCUAUAAUCAACUGGGUAUUUGGGUAGUGGUUGGUGAUUGUACAAUCCACAACACGCCUCAAUCUGUUUCGAUGAAAAUUAAUGUUGACGAGUCUUCAAAGAGAAAUGAAAGAUCAGUGGAAAAGCGGUACAGGCAGCUACAACAUACGCAAAGUCACCCAAGCCAGGUGUUAGCUCGAAGGAGGACUAGUGGACAAAUCAAUGGUACUCUUAUUAAUGACGACACAUUGAGAUCACUUGAAUUCAAAAGGGACAUUUUCUUUCUGUUUUCUUUGUUCCUGCGCAACACGAGGCCAGUUGGUUUCCAGGAUACUGUGCAGCUGCUCAUCUUGAUCAUCAUUUUGGCUGAUCUUUCUGUCACUUGUCUUGUGCUCGUUCACUUUUACUGGAUAUCUCUCGGAAAUUUUCUUGCUAUCUUGCUUAUUCUUCCUUUAUCUCUUCUAUCCCCCUUUCCUGCGGGUUUGAAUGCGCUAUUCAGCAAAGGGUUUAGAAGGGCUUCACUAGCUCGGAUGUAUGCAUUGUGGAAUGCCACAUCUCUUUCAAGCAUUGCUGUGGCUUUUGUAUCAGGCGUCUCUUACUACACAAUUCUUUCUGUCCAAGCAUCGGAAGAGGAAAGUGCUGGGAAUGCUAAAAGGGAUGAUGAUGCAUGGUGGAUUUUGCCUUCAAUCCUGCUGCUUUUAAAGAGCAUUCAGGCUCGGUUUGUGGAUUGGCACUUGGCAAACUUGGAAAUUCCCGAUUCUUGUUUAUUUACCCCAGAUCCAGACGAUUUUUGGUCCCACGAGUCGUAGUUUUCGAUAUUACCAACUUAGAGUGAGACCUCCAUGCAAGAAUGCAUCCAGCUUUUGUCUUGUGAAUAUGUCCGAGCUGUACAGUAGAUCUGCAGAUUUGUGCAGUUUUCCAUCUGCAGCUAAAAUGAAAGAAAUACAAAUGAUUGAUUCACAACAUUAUUCAAGGAAAAUCAGUAAGUUUCAGCAGACCAAAAGUGUUACAUUCUCUACCAAAAAAAAAAAAAAAGUGUUACAUUCAUGAGUUUCGGUAUAUAGCAUUGCCAUCUUUGCCGAGGACUUCUGAAUAACGAUGCUGUGAAUAUGGGAGAGCAGCUGGCUAGCACCGCACCACGUACCUUAUCCUGAUUUUUAGUCAGGUACAUGUUUUUUUGUAGCAGGAUUUGGGCAAUCAUAAAUGCAGUAGCAUGCAAAUUGUUCAAUUAGUAUGUUGUAAAACUAGCUAAAUGCUAGUAAAUUUUCAUCAAUGAUUUUUUUUCUCAAGUGUGCAUGCAAGAAAGUUCCUUAUUGAGUUAUAGGCAAACCUUUGCGUAUAAUCUAAGCUCUAUUUACAUUUUUGUAUGAACUAGAAUGUUACAAGUCAGUGUAUGAAUAGUAUUGAUGGCAUUAGUAUCAGUAACUAUUACGACU